GAAAUGCCAAAGCCAAGGAAAGACCGUCCCAAUAGAAUUACGAAAUCAGCAGGUUCGGUAGUUCAAUUUUCGACACAGAGUGAUUUUACUAUACAACAUUAUGCAAAUGCCGAAUUUGAAGGGAAAGCACCUCCAGGGCGGAUGAAAAAAGCAGCAGCUAAAACAAUGACUUCUGAAGUGCAAAGUAUGAAGGAUACAAAACAGGUUCUGGAACUGGUCGGUGCCGUAGGUGGAGAUGGAUCAGAUUCAAAUUGGUUUGACAAAGAUUUGGACGAAUUUAACAUUGACAUAGACACUAUAGACCAAACAUCAGAGGAAGGAAUAGAAUCAGAUGUUCCAGAAAAGAAACUAAAUCAAAGAAAGAGGAGACUGAAGGGAAGUGAGAGUCAGGACACAGGUAUCUCAUACCCAAUGGACUUGUGGUAUGUCUUAAGUCAAUAUGUUCAUCCCGAGGACCUUUCAGUAUUCUGCAGGCUGUGUCGCAGUACCUACGUUGUGACCAACACUAUCCAGUUCUGGAAAGGCAUUUACAAAAGACAUGUUAAAGACCUAUCCAAGCUUCCAGAUUUCCUACAGCCUGUCUGUCUAGAGCGGAUCCACGGCUUGCGGCAGCGAGUCAUCAGGGCCCUGUUUUUUGUGUAUCCCGUGUUCAUUAGUCGGACCAUGACCGCAGCACCAUUCCAGGAGCAACAUUUAUGCUACAAUCUCAAGGGACACCUCUGUCUUGUGUCAUGGCAUGAACCGAACAAAAAUAUGUGGAACUUUAAUUUUAAAUUUAGAAAAGAGCGUAUGGGAGAAAUUAAUAGUUUAUUACGUCUCAAUGGUGAGCCUCAGAGUCUUCACUCAGGUUACAAAGACCUACAUCAUAAUUUGGAGAACGAUUCAUACGUUCUUCGUGUGACUUGUAAAAACUUCACAGCGAUCCCUCCAGUCAUGGGCCUGGUGCUGACAAAUGUGUUGCUUCGACUGUCAGCUAGCAUGAGAUAUUUUACUAUACGGCUUAUGUUUGACACUACACUCAAGCAAGGAAUGGGGGCCAGUGAUAGGGACAGACAAAGCCUGGAAAAAGUGGUCAUUCUUGACCCUGUAGUGGACGUUCGAGUAUUUCCUUGGUGGCAUCCUAACUACCCUCACCAAGGCAUGUGACACUUAGGUAUAGUUAAGUGUUAUUAAAAUAUUCUCAUGCAUUGCUAUGUUUCAUUUUGCUUCACAAAGUAAUAUUUUGAAUUUAUACCGUACAGCAGGUUAUUUUUGCGACACCUAAAUAAUUUGAUUUGAUCUUAUAAAGCUAUAUGAUUUUCACAAACCCUUUAAUGUGCCAUUUUUGUAAUGAUAAUAACGAAAUGUCCUGAAGUCAUUCAGCUUUUACUAUAAUACUGAGAGUAACUCAGUAAUCCUUUGGUUUUUUUUCUUUAAGAAACCAAAAUGUAUCCUAAUAGUGACAUAUGGACCAGAGUCUAUCUCCACAUGUAAAAACCCAUUUAAAAAGGUUACAAAUGUCCUCAUUUCUCUGGUGAUUUCUUGUAAGUUUUUUUUCUCAUUAGAAAUCAAUUGCCUGAGAUGUGAUACUUUAAAAUCUGUGCAGUGUACAGUUGUGCCUAAUAUUAUAUCUUUCCAGCAAAUUCAGCAAAAAUUACAUGUGGAAAGAAACCUGUUAUAUGGUAUAAAUGAUUUAUAUAUUUUCAUCAUGUUCAGAAAUAUGAAGGAGCAAAUGUUCAAGCUGUGUUCCAGAUUUUUGUAAAAGAUACGGUAAACCAUUGGUCGGUCAGAUAAAAGUGAAUUAAAUAUUGUUGAACUAUUAGGAUUAUACAAAAUGAUGCUUGUGAAAAUACUUUAGAAUUAGAACUAUCAGAGUUAAUAUCACCCAUCACUAGACAGAAAAUUAUUUUUAUAAAAAAAAAAACAUGUGUUUGAACAACCAGCUGAGUCAAAUUGACUUGCGAUUUACCAUUCCUGAGAGUAGCCAUGUCUUUGGAUCAAAGAUAAACACAUAUUUAUGUAGGUAUUAUAUAUAUGAAAAAUGUCUCAUUAAAAAGAAAACUAUCUUCGUUUUAACAUUAGUGAAAAUGGUUCCUUUUUCAAAAACAUAUCAUAAUAUAUUUUGAUAAACUAGCUGUUUGGAAACUCGUACUUAAAUUUCUUCGGUCAACUUAGUUUUGGAAUAGAGUUUAAAUUCAAGCACAUAUUAACAUCAUCUAAAUGAGUUGAUAGUAUAGUUUUUUAUCAAAGAUAAGUUGGGUUUUUUAUGAAUUUGAUUUUAUUUUCUAAUGAUUUUUUUUAAUUAUAUCAUAUUAAUUAUUUUCAAAAGUACAGAUGAUGUUUCUUAAAGUUUUAGCACCAGAUCCAUAGAAAGACAUCAAAAUAUUUAAUUUAUAUAUCAUUAUUAAAUAUGUUGCUUUUUAGAAAGAAAAUUUCAGUCUUUUUUUGCUAGUCUAAUGAAUUUUACUAUAGUUUUCACUUUUUAAAAAUGUUGCCUCAUUUGUUUUGUUAACUGGUCAUUUGAUUAAUUUGAUAUAAAAAAAAUAAACACAAUUUGUAAUUACAUUGUUUUGUAUCACUUGA